GCGCAAGGAGAAGAAACAGGACUUCAUCAAGCUGUGCGGCUCCGAAUUAGCCCUAUACUGGAUCCGGCUCUGCGGCAACCUCAACUGGGAUAGGAUGGCUCUGAGCCCCAAGGAGCCUCGCCUGAGGUCUGGACCGCUUGCAGAAAUCAUGCCAUUGACCCUCACCAAAGAUGCAGAAACCUUCAAUGGGUUGGAAUCCGAUCCUGCUUCGCCACAGGAGAGGCAGUCACCGUUGGGAGAGCUACAAGCUGCAUUCAAGGAUUCAGACCUGAACUCUGAAGAAUUUAAGGAAAAUAUUCUUACUCGACAAAGUGAAGCAGAAGACAAUAGUCAAUCAGAGCUAAAGGACACAGGCUCAGCUCUCCAUUUCCCGAAAAAGAGAAGCGCCCCUACCGUAAUCGUUGAUAGGUGUUGUAACUACGGUUGCUACAGAAGAGAGUUGGCUCGAUUCUGCUGAGAUGAAGCUAAGUGUGUAUUUCAUCUAAUAAUCGCAUGUAUUCUCACGGGUAUUCGUGUUCACUGAUGCCUCUGUCACCCCCACUGAGUAUUAGAAUAUGAAAAAUCACCAUUUGGGUUGGGGUUUUUAAUUUUGUGUGUAAGAAGGUAUUCCUUGCAUUGUUGUAGUUUUUGCCAAUAAAU